CUGUCGAUCGGCGGAUACCAUCGGUUGAAUACUGAUAUACUGGACAUCCGCUCAGUGCAAUACCCCGAUAUCUAACAGCGCAUCCACCAACCGUCACCAAACUAUGAAAACGCCGUCGCAUCCAUAGAGAUGAUGCAGACAGCUUUAGCGAUGACCCUGCUUUCCGAAAGCGCCUCUCCCGUUGCCAUCUUCAAAUCGCCUUCCUCGUCCAUGACCCCCUCUUACCCUCCGACUCAUCAACUCCCUCCCGAACCCUCGCAGACGGUGGUCGUCGUGUACAGUCCCGGACGAGAUGCGAUCGUGCAGGUCGUCGCGGAUGUCCUGGGCAAGCCGUGGACCGCAGAAACCUCACUACCGGCCCUAGGGAGAGGCAGCCCCGCCGUCGUCGUGGGGAUCCUGGGCGAUGACUGGAUGCGGAGUGUCCCCGCUGCGGAGAAGACCUCCGACUGGGUCGCGAUCAACACGCACUGCGUAGAUGACGGGUCCUCCCCGGAGGAAGCCCUCACGGACGGCUGCCACUAUGAGUUCUUAUAUUCUCUGCGGAGUCCCUUCUUCCGCCGCGACCUGACGCGCUUCCUCUCCCUCAUCCUGGGUCAGACGAGACCCCACGAGGACCUCAAGGCCAAACAUCGCACCAACUUCAUCUCCACCACCUUCCCGGAUGUUCAUGCGGCCUUGCCCAAUUUGGACAUCUUGUCCGUCGGGGCCGAUGCCGUCGAGAUCCGCGUAGACCUGCUGGUGGAUUCAGCCCCGCACGCCCUUCCCAGCCCCGUGCCUAGCCUGCGAUACGUCGGACAGCAGCUGAUGCUCCUGCGCCAGCAUACCGAGCUGCCCAUCAUCUUCACCACGCGCUGCACCAAGGAGAACGGCAAGUUCCCCAUGGCCGACCCGGCCCUCUUCUACAAGUACCUCCGGCGCGCCAUCCAGUGGGGGGUCGAGUACAUCGACGUCGAGCUCUGGCUGCCCGAGGACAUCCGACGCCGGCUGGCCGAGAACAAGGGCCACAGCAUCAUCAUGUCGGCCUUUCACGAUUUCUCCGGUACCUGGAAGUGGACCUCGCCCGAGGCCCCGCGCAUCUUCGCCGAGAGCGCCAAGUACGCCGACAUCGUCAAGAUGAUCGCCAUGGUCGGCACGACCGACGCCAACUACGAGCUCGAGUACUUCCGAUCGACUGUCAAGGAGACCCAGGGCUCGUACCCGCUGCUGUCGGCCGUCAACAUGGGCCAGAUGGGCCAGCUGUCCCGCGCCCUCAACACGGUCUUCUCCCCCAUCACGCACCCGCUAUUGCCCAUGAUCGCCGCGCCCGGCCAGCUGACCGCCGGCGAGAUCAACGAGGCCCAGCACAUCAUGGGCCAGCUCCCCAAGCGCGACCUCUACGCCAUCGGCUCGUUUCGCUCGACACCCCAGUCCGUCUUCAUGGAGAAGUGCUUCAACGAGCUCAGCCUGCCGCACACCCUGACCUCGAUCGAUCGCGGGCCCACCGGGUCCAUCGAGCGGGUGAUUACCCAACCUAACUUUGGCGGCGCCUCGGUGCACCCGCCCAUCGCCAGCGGCAGCACCAACAUCCCCGCCGUCAGCGAGGCCGCGCGUGCCAUCGGCCUCGUCGACACCAUCGUCGCGGUGCGGCGCGACGACGAGCCCCGGGCAACGCAGCUGGUCGGCGAGAACGCCACCUGGAAGGGCAUCCGGGCGACGCUGACGCGGGACUACGUGCCGUCGGCCUACCGCGGGCGGGCGGCCAUCAUCCUGGCCAACGGGGAGCGGGAGGCAUCGGCGGCCCUCUACGCACUGCGCAGCCUGGGCGUGGGGGCCAUCUACACGGUCGGGUUCCGAGGCAGCGGCCCACUGGCCCAGGGGCUGGAGCCCUUCACCUCCCUCCAGUCGGUGAAACUGGUGGAGCAGCCGUUUGUGAUCGUGUCGGCCCUGCCCCCUGAGAAGUCACUCCUGGUGCAGCCGCUGCUGCGACACUACCGCACCAGUGGGCGGGUCUCCCCCCCGUCCACCCGCGGCAAGGUCUACCUGGACCUCACCCGAGGCGACCGCACGGGCGACCCGGUAGAUGUGGCGGUGCGGGCGGGCUGGACGGCGUAUGGGAUUGAGGACGUCCAGGCCUGGACGACGGUGGAGACGUUACGGCUGCUAGUGGGACAGAACGUCCCGUUUGAUUUUGUACGGAUGGCGUCUGGACGGAUCAGUAUCGACCGGCUGACGCCCCGCCGUGUCAAUGCCGAGCCUCGUGAGUCGAUGAACUGCAAGUCAUGCCGCAAGAGAAAGGUUGGCACCCUCCCCUCCUGUAUCUUAGUGGCAGUCCGCUCACUGGCACAGAUCAAGUGUAACCGUCUACGCCCCAGCUGCGAAGCCUGCAAGGUCUUCCAAAGCCCGUGCAUCUACGAUGCCAUUCCCAAGAAACGCGGUCCCAAGACCGAUGUGCUGGAGGCCCUGCUCAAACGGGUCGAUGGACUCGAGAAACGCUUGCAGGAUGACAGCCACCCGCUGUCACCCGAAUCCUCGUCCUCCCCCGUGAGAGCAGUGGAACCAUCCUCCACCAACUUUGCGGCUGCGCCCCCUCCCCGGGGGUUUGCACCCCCGACUCUCCAGUCCCAGUCCCAGUCUCAGCCUCCCUCUCAGAAUCAAAGCCGACUCCCGGAUGCCAUGCUCGAUGCCUACUUUGGUCGCCUGCAUGGCAAGCCGUAUUAUAUCUUAGAUGAGGCGUCCACGCGCCAGCGUCAUCAACUUGGCCACCUCCCUGCCGCUCUUUCCAUGGCCAUCUAUGCGUUGACAUCGAAUGUUAGGUACACCAACCCGACCUCCCCUCUGCCGAGUUUGGACUACGCCCGCCAGGCCAGACGUAUGAUCGAUGUGGACAACCCCUCCAUCGAUAGUCUGCAGACCCUAUUGAUGCUCUCCCAGGCCUUCUUCGCCCACGGCUGUGGGAAGAAGGCCUACAUGACGCUAGCAAACGCCGUGGCCAUGGUCGUCACCCUCGAUCUGUACCGGGAAGUGCCCGCCCAAACGGCCCUGUCCGCAGCGGACCGCGAAACGCGACGCCGCCUGUUCUGGACCGUGUACAUCAUGGACCGCUUCCUUGCGGCAGGCUCCCAGCGGCCCUGUCUGAUCGCCGACCCCUCCAUCGUGCUGCGUCUGCCAUCCGUCGGAUCUGAGGUCGGCGAGCUGUUCGACCCCGCCGGCCCCAACAUCCAAUACGUCCCGGACCGACGCAAAGGUCCCGGGCCGGCGGCCCUGCUGGCAGACAUCACGCGCAUCCUCGGCGUCACCCACCGCUAUCUAGCGGCCGGCGGCGUCAAAGGCGACUCCCACUUCCCGUGGCACGCGCUGUCCAACCUAUCCAAGAUCCGCCAGGAGUUGGACCUCUGGGCCGCAGGUACACAGGACCUGUUUGCCUCCAUCGAGGCCCUCUUCGGCCACGCAGAGAGCACUACUCUGCUGCUCAGCAAGCUUAUCUACCACGUUGUACACUGCCUACUGUACAGACCCUUCCUCCCCAUCGACCUCGCCGAGCUGCGCGGCACAGGCCAACACCAGUCAUGGCAAAUCGAAGCCACGACACUGUGCUUCUCGCACGCCAACGCCAUCGCCGAGCUCGUCGAGCUCGCUCGCCACGCGCCCCGCAUCGAGUGGCCCUCUCUCAUCGCCUACUGCGUCUGCACGGCCGGCACCGUCCACGUCCACGGCGUGCACUACCACGGCCGCGAGGGCGAGGUGUUCGCCUCCAGCGCGGACUUCCUCGCCCGUGAGAUGCACCAGCUGGCCUGGUUGCGCCAGUCUUGGGCAGGUGUCCAGCAUCAUCGGGAGAUGUUGCAGGCUAUCUCGUCGGUGCAUGCUGAUUUGGUGAGGGCGCUGGCGGCCCGGCCGAUUCGGUUCGCGCCGGUCUUCCAUUUGGAGGACUUUUUGGAUCGGUAUCCGGGAUUGGUGGUGGAGAGUGGGCAUGUGCGAUUGGUGGAUCUUGAUGAUUUCACGCCCCCCACAACAACAACCUUCCUCUCCGAGGCACCCACCCCACCCAACCAAUCCCAUUACGCGACCUUCCCAUUCGACGCCUCCAUCUCGGGGGCGCACGCGCUGACACCCGGGGGCCAGUCCCAGGGCAGUACGACUGGGAGUGGUACGGCGGGGAGUGACCCCGCGGGCUCGGAGAAGGACCCGUUUUUGAGUUUGCUGGAGCAGUUGGCGGAGAAUGAGCACUCGCAGGGUGGGCCAAGUGACUUGGACUUCUUUCUGGGAGGGGAGCUGGAGAGGAGGGAGGAUGCUUGA